AUGGACCGAAAAUCGAAACAACGAGUUAUAAUCAUACAUGGCAGUGCUAUGACACCGGGAAUUGUCAAUCGGUAUUGGUAUAAAUGGUUAGAAGGAGAGUUAAAUAAGUUAGGUAUGAAUGCCAUUGCACCGGCUUUUCCAGAUGAAAAAGAAGCUAAAGAUUCCAUCUGGAUACCGUUCUUAAUUAAUGAUCUGAAAGUUCAAGAGGAUGACAUCUUAGUUGGCCAUAGUUCGGGAGCUAUGGCUAUUCUACGUUUGUGUGAACAAAUGAAAGUGAAAGGGAUUAUCUUAGUAUCAGCUGGGUAUGACAGCAACGAAAAUGAUUCCAACUGGAACUGGAAGAAGAUCAAGUCAAAUACACAGUGGAUUGAACAAUUCCAUAGUACAGAUGAUCCGUUCACCUCAGUGGUUAGCAGUCGAUACAUAGCGAACGAAUUGCGAAGUGUAUACCAUGAAUUUACUGAUCGAAAUCAUUUUUUAUGUCCUGACUUUCCAGAUAUAGUCACAGUUAUUAAAAAAUACUCAUAA